AUGACAAAUGUGACGCCCCUGACCCCCUUAUUCACCAUCCAUCCACCUUACCCCACUGUCUCCAAGACAGAUGUGACGCCCCUGACCCCCUUAUUCACCAUCCAUCCACCUUACCCCACUGUCUCCAUGACAAAUGUGACGCCCCUGACCCCCUUAUUCACCAUCCAUCCACCUUACCCCACUGUCUCCAAGACAGAUGUGACGCCCCUGACCCCCUUAUUCACCAUCCAUCCACCUUACCCCACUGUCUCCAUGACAAAUGUGACGCCCCUGACCCCCUUAUUCACCAUCCAUCCACCUUACCCCACUGUCUCCAAGACAGAUGUGACGCCCCUGACCUCCUUAUUCACCGUCCAUCCACCUUACCCCGCUGUCUCCAUGACAAAUGUGACACCCUGA